CAGAAAAUGCCCGGAUUAGAUCGUAAACAACCAUGGAUCCGCAGAGAGCAUCUCUUUAGCUGUCAGAUUAUAAAAUUCACUACGCACGGUGACACUCACGAUUCUAUAUCAAGUGCAUUUAGAACAUCGCGUUUAGAAUAAAAGGGAUAGGGAUUGAGCUGGAUGACCGUUGAUGACCGUUCAGUUGAUUGUCAACCACGAACCUUUGCCUACAGCGGGACAUUAUCUUGCAAGUCAGGGUAUUGAAGAGGAGAGGAAAAGCUCCUUGGUGACCUGCUAGAGGGAUUUCGAGGACCAGGGAGAGCCCCAAACAACUCCAAACAAGGAGACCAGAACACAGGGAGACCAUAAAAACAAGGAGAUUGAGGUGCAAACAACUCCAAACAAGGAGACCAGAACACAGGGAGACCAUAAAAACAAGGAGAUUGUGGUGGAAUAAUAGACCAUAUAUCUACACUGAUGACACAACCUUCUACUUAUACUCUCCCAAGUCCAACUACAACAACAAGCUGGAAAACCUAGAACAUUGGAUCCCACAUUUUAUUACACUAACAUAAAUAUUUUGGAGUGUCCUGUGACCCAUAGAGUAGCCUAAACCAAAUCCAUGUUUAUAGACAGAAUCCAAUCCUAGUAAGUGGCAGCCCUAAAGCAGCCAGCCACAUCCCUCCUGUGGGCCCGACCCACCGCUUGGGAACCAGUGAGUUGGAGGACAACAACAUUGUGAGGGAGAGGAUGGGCAACAAGAGUACCAGCCCCUCCAGAGACCCAGACAUUGAGAAGACUCAGCGAGAGGAGGCAAACAACACUGAGACUGCCUCAGGAAGUGGCCCCAGAGGCCCCCCUUGCCCCAGCCCUGACCUGCUAGCUUCACUACAGUCUCUGGGAGAACACAGUGACCACACACUGCUGCCACAGUCUCUACACCAGAUAGCAGAGGCCUACUCCCUGGAAGAGGAAUAUCACUGGGCGGUGCAGUUCCUUCAGCUGGAGAGACUAUAUCAUGAGCGCCUCCUGUCCAACCUCGCUGCCCUGCAGGAAGUCUGGGAGAGCCAGUGGAGAGAGCGUAACAGAGCAGCAGAGAGCACCUCACCAGGUGAAACCAACAGCAUUGGACAGGAACACAUAGAAAUGCUGAGCCAGAUCUGCAGGACCCACCAGAGGCCAAUGCUUAGUGCGGAAAAGAGCAUGGCAGACACAGUGCUGAAAGACAACCACAACACCAGGGGGCAGUGUGAGAGGAAUGAGAGCGAAACAUCACCAUCCCACCAUGGAAAAGUCAGAGGCAACAACCCUGUAAAACAGGGUGAGGAGGAUUUAGAGCAGACCACGUCAACAGGAGCUGACCCUGCCAUGGAUGAGGAGAAGGGAGGAGUGGAGGAGGGAGAGGGAGGAGUGGAAGAGAUGGAGGAGGAAGGGCAGGGGGUGUUUGAGGAGAGUCCAGAAGAGGAGGUGCAGGUGGUGGAGUGGCCGGCGGGGGUUCCCCAAGCCUCAGCCAAAGACCUGGUCAAACUCUCUCAUGUGGAGGAGAGCUCCUCAACAGGUGGCCUGGUGUCCAUUCUGAAAAGGAGGGGGGCGUCUUUAGAUGGCCUGCCCCCAGAGGGUCCUGAUUCAGCCAAACAGAACUCCAAACGCAAGGUGCGCUUCAGUGAGCCAGAGGAUGGCAUGGAACCAGACGAGGUGGGCGGAGACUCUUGUUUGAUCCUGCUGUUGUUGUGCUUAGUAACGGUGGUGAUCAGUCUGGGCGGGACUGCUCUGUACUGCACCCUAGUGGACACCUACAGUAGUAUCUGCACCGACUUCUCUCACAACAUAGACUUUUACGUGGUCCAAGUACGACGCUUCCUGGACGGGCUCAGACACUGGUGGUUGGAGAGAAUGCUUUAAGUGAAGUCAGACACUGGCUCUCCAUACUGUCCAAACCAUGGAAUAGAUACAGUAAGAGGGUAUUAUAUACUGUAUGAACUGCUCUGAGACUGAGACAAGAGGGAGGACUUGACCCUAGUCCCAGUAUGAAUUAGAGAAGGUCAUAAGGUCAUUGAAGUUCUAGGGUAGGGCCUGAAAUAGAGACUGAACGGGCUUGUGAGCAUUGAUCUAACAGGAGGCACAGGUGCAGACAUUUUUAACUACUGACAUUUCACAUGCAGACCAAACUGUUUCUGGAACACUGCCUCCUCUUGUUUUUAAACUGAAGUUUUUAACCGCUUGUUUUUAACCUGCAGUUUUUAACCUCAAGAUGGACGCUGCACAAAAGAGCUUCCAAAAACAUUCAAAGGAACAAAACAUAGCAUUGUAAAGUAUAUUCUAGUUGGAAUUUUUAUUAAAAAAUAUGUUUAUCUGAAUUUGUAAUGUUUAUCUGAAAAACAGAUACAAUUCAGAUAAACAGUAAAGAUGUUUAUCUGAAUUUGAAAGCCUCAUAGUGAAAAAAACCAAAGACAUUUUGGGAAUUGAAAUGACAUUUUUUAUUAUCAACGUUUCAGCAUUUUUCAUGACAAGUCUUCUCAACUCCUUGACUUGUCAAAUGUAGCCUACAUGUUGUACAUUUUACAGCUGUUUUUGUACAUGGAGACAUGGGUUUAGAAUUACUCUUACAUUCCUCUGAAGGUACACAAGGUUGUUGACCACUGCAAAUGAAAGUCAUUUGUGAAGAACGGCUCUCUGGAAUUGGCACAUUGUUAAGUAAUUUGUUGAAAACUGAGUAACGAUAUCAAUACAAAUAUGCAUGACAGAUACUGUAUGUAUGGCUCUUGGUAUGAAAAUAUGAACAAGUUUAAUGUUCAUACAACAAUUAAUUUAAAUGUAGUCAUGAUAUUCAGUACUGUACGGAUUACUCCAAUAUCUCAGGCACUUUUGUCAACUUUUUUGUGCUGGUCAAUAUUGUUAUGUACUGUAACCAUACAGCCCUUAAUGUCCUUUAUUUGUCUUUUAUUCUAUGAGUCGAUUUUAAUGUAUUCAAUACAAAUCCAUUCCCUUGCAAACUGUGUUUGAUUUUAUCUACUGUAUGGCCAGGCUGGUCUUAUAGACUAGACGUAACAUAGUAAACGAAAAUCCGUGACACUCAAAUUAGUAUGAUAUGUUACGUUCGGUAUGGCUAUAUAAGACAUAAGUUUACUUAAG